AUGGCUACCAGGAUGACCGAGCGCCAGCAGCUGGCGAUCGCCAUGCGCGAGUCCAUGGCGUCCGCGCCCGUCGUCCCCGUCGUCUCCGUCGCCUUGAUGGACGACAAGGAGAACUCUCCGCCCCCCACGGACGAUGAGCCCAAGCGGCGCAAGAUGAGCAGGGUCGAGAAGGAGCUCGCGUCGCUCGCGCCGUGGGCGUGGGACCCGUUGGUCGCGAGGCACGCGCCGGGCAGCGCCAUGAUGCGAGACUUUUCCGAGGUUGUCGCGGACAAGACGGUGAUGACGGGCGGGAACGCGCGCGCGUACCGGUUCAAGUCACCGGACCCCGCGUCGACCCCGGCGAGGCCCACGGAUCGCCCGUCCGGAUCGACCGCCGCGACGCCCACGCCCGCGACGGACGCCGGAAAGGCGGCCGGGGCCCUCGGCACGUCGUCGUCGCGAGAAGAUCUCGCGCCUCCCCUCGCCGGAGCCAACGACGGAGCGAUCCGCGUCGGGAAGAGGACGCGCUCGUCGCCGGCAUCGCGCGCCGGCCUCAACGACGCCACCCCGGCGCCCGCGACCGCCGCGCGCGGUACCCCACUCCCCCGUGCGCGCGCCGCCGCCGCCUCCUCCGCGCGGGCCACGCCGUUCGGCACGGGACGCGCGGCGUCGCGACUCGCAUCCGCCGCGCAGCCGACCCGCUCGUUGCCCCAACACGGAGGAAACGACGCCGCGCCGGUGACGAACCUCGUCAAGGCGCUCGACGAGGCGGGCGACGAGGAACCGCGGCGUGUCCGGCGCCGAGGCGACGCCAAGACGCCGGCCAAGACGCGCGAGAAGGAGGAGAGGGAGGCCAAGGAGGCCAAGGAGGCCAAGGAUGCGAGGGAGGCCAAGGAUGCGAGGGAGGCCAAGGAUGCAGCGGCCGAGGCUAAACGCGCCGCCGCCGCCGCGAAGCGCAAGGCGCAGCGGGAGGAACGGGAGAGGGAACGCGCCGCCGAGAGAGCCGACAAGGCGUCAAACCGACGCCCCGAGGAGGCAAAGGACGCCGCCGUCGCGAACGGGAGGAAGGAUCCCCACGUCGUUCGGUCCCGCGAGCUCGCGGGCCUCGACCCGAUGUCGGGACCCGACGCUCGACGCCAGCGCGAGGCUGCGCUGCUCGCCGUCGCCGCCGUGGAGGCGGCCGCGGAGGCGGAGGCGGCCAAGCCCAAGGCUUCGAAUGCGCAGACGCUCCUCGCGGCGUUUUACGAUUUGACUGGCCGAGAGCCACCGCCGGGGGUGGUGCUCCCGGACGCCUCCGUCGCCGCGAGAGACGCGGCGGAGCGGGCCAAGCGGGCGGCGGACGCGCGCGACGUGGCGGUGUACGGUGCGGUGUACAAGCCUCCGCCGAUUGACGGGUGGCGACCGGUUUGCAUCGGGCCCUUCGGCGGCGCGUCCGGGCGCGACGAUUUCGCCAGGGCGUACCACGGCGCCCCCGCGCGAGUCGUCUCCGCGGGUGCGCAGCUCGCGAGGGCGUGCGAGUACCUCGGGCGCGUGGACGCGGUGGACGCGGAGAGGCGGGCGGCGAAAGGGGUGCCCCGGGCGCGGAGCGACGGGGCAUGA